AUGACACAGAGCAACCAGACCUGCUCCAGUCACAAUAUAACAUUCAAAAACAGCCUGUACGCAACCACUUACACCAUCAUAUUCAUCCCCGGCCUCCUGGCAAACAGCACUGCCUUAUGGGUCCUGUGCCGCCUCAUCAGCAAGAAGAACAAAGCCGUCAUUUUCAUGAUCAACCUGGCCAUGGCCGACCUGGCUCACGUCCUCUCACUGCCACUGCGAAUAUACUAUUAUAUUAACUCCACUUGGCCUUUUGGGAGAUUCCUUUGCUUAUGGUGUUUCUACCUGAAGUACCUCAACAUGUACGCCAGCAUUUGUUUCCUCACCUGCAUCAGCAUUCAGAGGUAUUUCUUCCUGUAUCAGCCGUUCAAAGCCAAGGACUGGAAGCGGCGGUAUGACGUAGCCAUCAGCAGCAUGGUGUGGCUCGUCGUUGGGGUGGCGUGCUUGCCGUUCCCCAUCAUGCGCAGCUACAGCAUGUCCAAUAAUACCACGAAUACCACCAAUACCUGCUUUGCAGACCUCCAAGUCCGGCAGAUCGACAGCAAGGCGGCCACCGUGCUGAUGACAGGCACGGCAGAGCUCUUUGGGUUCAUCGGCCCACUCAUCAUUAUUUUAUUCUGUACUUGGAAAACAAAAGACUCUCUUCGGGGCUUCCAGAUACCGCUGCAAAACAGCAGCGAGAGGCGGAAGGCUUUAAGGAUGGUUUCCAUGUGUGCCAUCGUGUUCUGCGUGUGUUUCGCACCAUACCACAUCAACUUCUUUUUCUACAUGUUGGUGAAAGAAAAAGUCAUUACAGACUGCUUCGUGAGUGCCAUCACGCUCUACACCCAGCCCUUUUGCUUAAGUCUUGCGAGUCUGGACUGCUGUUUGGAUCCGAUCCUGUAUUUCUUUACAACUUCGGAGUUUCAGGACCAGAUAUCAAGGCACAGCAGCAUGAUCAUCAGGAGUCGGCUCAUGAGCAAAGAGAGUGCCUCAUCAAUUAAGGAAUGA